CCUUCCUUCCAGUGGGCUCUCGGCCGUAGCUGCUGCCUAGCGGGCCAAUCGGAAGGCGCAGAGCCCCCGCGCUCCACGUCCUCUGAUUGGAAGAUUCAGACUCAAAAGUCCGCUUUCAAAUCUUUAACGGGUAGCGAGUUGAGUUGCGGCAGCUGGAGGGAUACUGCACCGGCUGUACGGACUGGAGACAGUGAUUGCACCAGCUAGAGGGACUUGCUUCUGAAUAAAGAAGCGGCUGCGACGAUGUCCCAGAGCAAAGCCUCUUAUACCUUUGAUGCUCCAACGGCCUUCAUCAAUUUCACAUCUUUGAAUAAUGAAGAUAUAUAUAAUGUGGACUCCUGGUUUGAGGAGAGGGCCAAUUUGGAGAACAAGCCUCCUGAAGAUGAAGAAGUACCAGGGCCCUCCUAUAGGACGACACCUUUGAGAAAGGCCCAUGUACCCCAAGCAGUUGUCCUGCCUCUGAGAUCAGUCGCCAACACUUAUGUGGAAACAGAGAAUCCAUCAGAAGAAUGUGCUCCGUCGGCUGCUUGCUACUCCUUAGGCUUCCAGGAAACUACCUCCAAAAAUGCCCCUGUUUUGGGAUCCCUCGUUCCAGGCCAGUCCCAAAGGGUGAGUAGAAACUUGUCUGCUCAAAAGAAGUCAGAACAGCGGCAGAAACAUCAGCUCAGAAUGAAAGCAGAAAGACAUCCUGUUGCGGUGGUCAAUGAUGAAAUGCCUCCCUCCAAGAAAAUGAGAGUCACUGAGGGCAAAAGUAAGCCCAUGGAAGGUAGUGCUUCCAAAAAUGGUGCCCAGAAGAGUGAGCCUUCCCUGGGACGACCUGCAGGCAGAAUAGCUGUGUCUUGCACGCCACCUAUAAGGAAGAAGGUUCUGAAAAGUACAGAGGAACAAGAGUUGGAGAAGAGACUGAGGAUGCAACAAGAGGUGGUAGAGAUGCGUAAGAAGAAUGAAGAGUCCUUGAAAAUAGCUCUAGCAGGGCAGCCUCUGAAGAAAACAGUGAGCCAGGUAACCAAGUCAGUUGACUUCCACUUCCACACAGAUGAUAGGAUCAAACAGCACCCGAAGAACCAGGAAGAAUACAAAGAGGUGAAUUUUACAGCUGAACUUCGGAAGCAUCCUCCAUCGCCGGCCCGGGUAGGCAAGGGACCUACCAUUGCCAAGCCUUUCAAUUUGUCCCAAGGAAAGAAAAGACCUUUUGAAGAAACAACCUCUACUUAUGUCCCUCUGGCACAGCAAGUUGAAGCUUUCCAUAAACGAACACCCACUAGGUACCACCUGAGGAGCAAGAAAGAUGAUGAGGGUCUGUUACCCUCCAAACCGUCAGUGCUCAAGAUAACAAACCCACAGACUCCUGUAUUUAAAACUAAGCAGCGCACAAGGCCUGUCACGUGCAAGAGCACAGCUGAGUUGGAAGCAGAGGAACUUGAGAAAAUCCAACAAUACAAAUUCAAAGCACGGGAACUUGACUCUAGAAUCCUUGAAGGUGGGCCUAUCAUACCAAAGAAACCUCCUGUAAAGCCACCCACUCAGGCUAUUGGAUUUGACUUGGAAAUUGAGAAAAGGAUACAGGAACGAGAGGCAAAGAAGAAGUCAGAAGAAGAGCACUUUGAGUUUCAUUCUAGGCCUUGUCCUACCAGGAUCUUGGAAGAUGUUGUGGGUAUUCCAGAGAAGAAAAAGCUCCCUACCACAAUCCCCAGAUCUCCUGCCUUUGCCCUGAAGAACAGAGUCCGUGUGUUCACCAGAGAAGAUGAGGAAGAAGAAGAACCAACAGUGAUCAAAUCUCACCCCAUGCCACACUACGGGGUGCCCUUUAAGCCUCGAAUCCCAGAGCAGAGAACCGUGGAGGUUUGCCCCUUCUCCUUUGAUUCCCGGGACAAAGAGCGGCAAUUACAAAAGGAGAAGAAAGUAAAAGAGCUACAAAAAGGAGAGGUUCCUAAAUUCAAGGCACAGCCCCUGCCUCAGUUUGACACUGUUAGCCUGCCAGAGAAGAAAGUGAAGACUCUAACCCAGCUUGAACCUUUCCACCUACAGACAGAUGAGAGAGGAGCUCUUAAGGCUCAGACUUGGAAGCACCAGCUUGAAGAAGAUUUAAAGCAGCAGAAAGAAGCAGCUUGCUUCAAAGCUCGUCCAAACACUGUCAUCCAUCAGGAGCCCUUUGUUCCCAAAAAAGAAAAAAAGCCAACGUCAGAGGACCUUUCUGGUUCCAUAGUUCAGGAACCUUUUCAGCUGGCAACAGAGAGGAGAGCCAGAGAACGGCAGGAAUUUGAGAAGCAGAUGGCUGAGGUUGAAGCGCAGAAAGCCCAGAAGCUCGAGGAGGCCAGGCAGCGAGAAGAGGAGCAGAAGAAGGAAGAGCUAGCAAAACUGCGCCAAGAAUUGGUACACAAGGCGAAUCCUAUCCGAAGAUACCAGGGUGUGGAAGUGAAGCCCAGCGAGCAGCCCUUGACCUUACCAGUAUCUCCCAAGUUUUCUACCAGAUUCCAGUGUUAAGCCACAGCUUCCUGUGUUUGUGUGUGUUCUUUCCUUGUGGGAGGUAGAGGCAUAGUUCACGUUAAGAGUCUUUUCAUGCUUUGCCACUGGGCGUGUCAGACACAUUUCUAUCAACUGUCUUAACUGUGCCUCACUCUUAAAGACUUCCAGCUGCGUAAUUAAUGCAAAGAAACCAUGCUGAUGCCCAUAAUGGAUUAUAUCUAAUCUAGCCACAUAGUUGCUUCCUUUUAGCAUGGGUUGGCCGUUAACGUGGGUCUUAAUUCUUCUAGUGUCAUUUUCAGCAGAGUAUAUGUAUCCUGUUAGUCCAUUAUUUUUUAAAACAAGAAAAUAAAGAUACUUAAAUAUAGAGACCCACGGCUUGAAUCAUAAUUGGAGGUCAGGAUCUCUGUCUCAACUGCUUUGCUUUUUUCAUUUUCUUUGCUUUCUCUUCCCAUCCUUUGCUUUCUUUUAAGAGAGUAGGGUUGGCUCUAGAGAUAGGUAGUUAAUCACGAACUCUUGGCUUUCAGUUGCUAACAGAGAGAAAACUAGCCUAAGCAAAUCUUUAUUUAUACUAAUGAGUGAUAAGGCCAGGUGGAUACAUUAAAUUCAUCAGAUGUUCCAGAAAACUUUAUUGUAGCCAUCACCUAAAGCUCAUAUACCGUAUCUUUGCCGGAGCUGUCAUGAGAAACAUUUAAUGGAUCUGAGCUCCUUUCCAUCUCUUUUUCUCUCUUUCCCCAGACCCACCCCCUGCCCUCUCAAAAGACACACACUUCCUGUGGUGUUGCCAACAAGCCAGGAUUGGGGGCAAAAAAGAUAAAAAGAGCCUGGACAGUCUAAUAAAAUCUCUAAGAAGAGUUGGAAGGAGCCUGAGGGCUCAUCUAAUCCAGCUGCCGUACCUGAUGUCUCAUCCACAAGACUACCGAAAGGUGGUUAUCCCACCUUUAUUGAAGCACUGUGUGAUGGGGACCCCGUUCCACUCUUGAAUAGCUAAUCAUUUAUAGUGAGUCAGAAUUUGCAUCCCCCUGAAAUAAAUUUGUUUAUACUCUG